GUUACCUUAAACUACGGAAUACUCCAAAGUUGAAAAUGCCGAAAUGGUAUCAGUAACAACUGGUCAGCGGUAAAAGAAAUGAAAAAAUCCAUAUUUGAGGAAGAUUAAGACUUAGCGAUGAAAGGUUUUCCGACUUCUGUGCCUUUGAAAAUUAGCUUACUGUUGCUCGUUUGGAUUGUAACCAAAGUAACAGCUUCCAUUGGGGACAGGUCAUAUGUGUAUCAGAGAUGCAACCAUCAUUGUGAAAAUGCAAAUUGCACUGGUACACAGUUAAAGAUAUUCAGGGAACAACAGCCAUUCAGUCAUAGUUUACUGAGAUGGAGUUGUGAGGAUGAAUGUAAGUACAUGUGUAUGUGGAUCACAGUGGAUGCCUUCCAGAAAGAUGGACUCAAAAUUCCACAGUUCCAUGGCAAGUGGCCGUUUGUAAGGUUGUAUGGAGUACAGGAACCAGCCUCUAUGAUAUUCUCUGUUUUUAAUAUUUGCUAUUCAUGUAUGUUUUUUAUAUUUAUACAGACAGCCAUGAAUGCAUGGACGUGGUCUACAAUAUUUCAUUGUAAAGAUACAGACUUCACAGAGAAAAUGGAUUAUUUUUGUGCCUUUUCAAUAGUGCUUUACAACACAUUUACUCUGGCAUGCAGGGUACUAGGUACUGGGACGAUGUACAGACCAGCCCUUGUAGGCCUAGCUUGUGUGACUUUAUUUAUUCAACAUGUGUCAUACCUAACAUUUAACAAGUUUGAUUAUGGCUACAACAUGCAAGUUAAUAUAGGAGUUGCUGUAUGUAACAUGAUAGGCUGGCUAAUAUGGUGUUUUACAAUGAGACGGAACAGGUUUGUGUGGAAGGCUGUAGCUUCUAUUGUUGGUAUACAACUUUUGUUAUGCCUCGAGCUGGGAGAUUUUCCACCAUUCUACUGGAUGUUAGAUGCCCAUGCAUUGUGGCAUGCUGGGACAUGGCCUUUAGCUUUCUUGUGGUAUAGUUUUAUCAUUGAUGAUGCCAAGUUUAUACAGAAAACUAAACCAGAAAGAAUUUUGCCAAGCAAAAUAGACUGAUUCAGUGCACAACAAUCUGUUUUAAUCACAGUUAUCAGGAUGUAUACAAAUGUUUAAAGACUGGUAUACAUGUAUGAUGGACAGGUUAUAGUGUCAAUUACCAAGUUGUGGACUGGUUUUUCAGACUGAUUAUAGGAUUUAGCUCAAUACAGGAUUGGAGCAGUACCUCUAGACGCUUGCAGAAAUCAUGAUCACAAAAUAGACAAAUAUCGUUUUUUUCGCCGAUUUUUACAUUUUUCAUUCAUUAUCAUACUUAAAUCGGUGUGAAAAGAUGAAUUAGACCUAUUUCAGUUCAUUCCGUUGGGUAAAAAGGCAAGAUUUUAGCAUUUUAUGAUUCAAGCGCCUUGCCCGGUAUAUACCGGAAUACGGUAUUUAGUGCGGUGCUCCAAUCCUUCUUUUAGUCUCACUCCUGAUUAUAUGUGCAAGAGACUGGUUAUUGUCGAAGUAGCUUGGAUGUGGACUAGUUCUUAUAGACUGGUUCUAUGUACAGUGGACUGGUGCCAGAUGUUCAGUUUAUAUAAAUUAUAGUCAAAAUUUAAUUAAAAGAUUUUUUGAAUUGUGAGUUUUGGCAAUUGGAUACCAUUUGCUCCAUUCUGACAAAGUAUAGAUUUCAUAGAUUUAUAUAUUGUGAAAAUCAACUGAAAUCCAUAUAUGCUAUUAAAAAAGUCCAUAUAUGGUAUGAAAGAAAUGAUCCCAUGUAACUUUAAUCUAUGUUUUAAAAGUGAAAAGUGUGUUGAAAAAAAUGUUCAUGAACUAUCUAAUGAUCAAAAUGUUUUAUGUAUUUAAGAAUUGGUGCCAUUUUGAUAAUAUUUUCAAAGAUCAGAUUUUAUCUGUAUGUUUUUAUGAAUGUUGCGAAAAUCUUCAUUUAUUAUAUACAUUGUAUUUCAGGUUUUUGAGGAUUGUGCAAUCAAUUAUUUAAAAACAACUCAUGUCCUAUUACAAGUAUAGCCGUAUGUUGUUGUUUUUUUCCUUUUUUUAUUAGAAUGCACAAUUUUGUUAAAAUGUUUAUGUUUGUAAUGUACUCAAGUAUGCUAAUUUUGAUGUGAUAUGAAUAUUUUAAAAGUGCUAUGUUGCAAUCUUUUGUUUAGUUAUAGAGCACUUUCUGUAACAAUUUUACAACACCUGUUAUGAGUCUGUGAACAAAUGAUCUAUCACCAAAAUUUAUAUAAUGAUUAUUACAGAUUCCUAUCUAUCAUCUUGUUAAAUUUCUGGCAGUAAUAUAACACAACAAAGUGCCUUAUUCAUUACUUUAUUAUUAUUGUGUUGUUUAAAGUUACAUGUAAUAGUUUAACACUUAGUCUGCUGGAAUCCAAAGUAAUAAGUUUUUGCCACCGAUAUUGUACCAGGUCAACUCGUGCUGCUGUUGGCUAGUAUUAAUUUUUCAUCUUGAUUUUUCUAUAAAUUGAUAAUGGAUAGUAAUUAGUUUCGAAAAUUGAACCUGGAAAAAAUUAUUUCAGGAAUUUUAUAGUUUAAUGGUUAUUUUCUGAAAACAUAUGUUUGGUUGAUUUUAAUAUCAAAAUAAUAAGAUUUGGCAUCCAGCCAAGCAUGAACAAAUAGAUUUGCAGGCCCACUCUAACUAUUUAAUGAUGACACGCUAGCACAAUUAAAUCUAAAUACUAAACAAAUAGUUUUAUUCUUGUUGUUGUAGAACUGUAUUUAUACAGGAUUUCAUUGAACAUUUUCAGGCGAUAAAGCCAGUGUCUUUCAAUUCAAUAUUUUAUAGUCAUUUUAUAUAUUUAUAUUUUUUCAUGAUAAUGAUGGAAAAAAUAUUGUUAUAUAGAAACUAUUCAUAUCAGAAAAGUAGCAAAAAUACCAUGAUAAAAUGAUUUUCCUCAUAUAAUCUGACUUGAUCUGUGUGACACACCAGAGAUAAAUUGUUAUAUCCCCUUGUACCUGCUGAGUUUAUAAAAUUAUCUUCUGCUGAUUUGAAUUUACAACAGACCAUUGUAAAUAUGAAUGCUUCAACAUAAUGAAUUAUUUUAGUUUUAUUUUGGAGUACAUGUAUUCUUAAUUGACUAAAUUAGAAGCUUAUCUAUAAAUGUGUGAAUUUUUCUUUUAGUUUAAUACAUGUAACUUGAUGUGCAAAAUGACAGUUAUUGAUUUAGAUUUUUAUGUUUUCUUGACAAAAAGAUCUACAAACUUUACCUAUGUAGAAUGAUGAUUUUGUUACAAUAGAAGUGAUAAAAUUAAUUGUUGUGAAUUAUUAAGAAAAUGAUUAUAAUUCUUAGUGUGUCAUAUGAAAAAUUCACAAUGUUCAGUAAGUGUUCAGGUGCCCGGUAAUUUAAUCAUUAAGGUUAAAGGUCAGAGUUUUAAGUUUAAAAGCAUCUGAAUGAGCUAAGGGAAAUAAAAAGGAAAAGGAAUUUAUGCAAUCGAUAAGCAUCUAAAAUGUUUCCAAAUUCAUAAUUACAAUGUUUAUAAUACACAUGUUUGCCCUUUCUAAAGAAAGUAAAAAAUAUAUAUUUAUUUUAUAAAAAUAUAUUUAUUUCCGAAGCUUAAUGUUUCUUUAAGAGAAACAAAUAUAUAGCAAGAGAUACUAUUUGAAAAUAUCGACAUUCCAUACAUGUACUUUACCUUUCAUCAAGCAUUUGAUACAUGUUCUUAUCAAGUGACUUUGACUCAUUUUUGUUACUUUAUUGUGUUGUACAUGUGCAUGUAAUGUUAAUGUUGUUAAUUUUCUUGUUUCUUCAAUCAUGUUCAUUAAUUCUAAUAUUUUAAAUGUUGAAGAAUGAAAUCUAAACUAGUAGUUGAUAAAGCCUGUGCU